CCCCGUCCUUCCGAGUGCCGUCCCGUCGAGUCUCGCGUGGUUUUUAGGUGGAACUCGACAAGGGGAGGUCUCAUCCCAUCAAUUACCACACACAGACCAGGUAGUUAUCGUACGAAAUACAAAGUACCUUCGCUCCCACGGUGGCUUCGGUCCCCAAUAUUCUGCGGCCCCGCUUUCCCAUCCGAUCCCGACUCCGGCCCCCGAAAAACCCCGAGUCAAGCUUUGUUCUCAGGCCCUCGUCACCGCAGCCGCAGCGCAUCUCCGUUGUUAUGCCGAAGAGAGUCUGCAUCGUUGGUGCCGGGCCUUCCGGCCUCGUGGCCGCCAAGUCACUGCUUUGGGAUGCGCCAAGGGGCACUUUUGAUGUGACAUUGUUCGACUCCCAGACUCGGAUUGGUGGUCUCUGGCCUUUGCACAAGGACGACAGCACAGGACUUGUCCAUCCCCGCAUGGUCGCCAACCAGAGUAAACACACUGUCCACUUUAGUGACCUGGCCUGGCCCGAAGACGCCCCAAACCUGCCCCGCGCUUGGCAGAUUGGUCAGUACCUUUCCGAGUACCAGAAACGGUACUGCUCUGAAGCAAAGUUCAGCCUUGGAACCCAUGUCGAAAAGGCCUUGCAGCUGGCAGUUUCCGCCAAAGAUGGCUCACAGCAGGGUUGGCAGGUGCAGACUCGAUCCGUUCAGGGGGAAGUGAAGGAAGAGUCAUUCGACUACCUCCUGGUGGCGUCUGGUUUCUUCGGCCAGCCCGCACUGCCUCCCGUAGGCCGUGGUAGUCACGAAAUCCCAGCCGUUCACAGCAGCCAGUAUCGCAACCUGCAAAGUCUACUUGGGAAGUCGAGUGGUUCAGGGGGGAAGAUCCUUGUUGUGGGAGGUCAGAUGUCUGGGGUCGAAAUCGCUGGCACAAUCGCCUCACAUCUUUCAUCCGCCGUUCAUUCCCCAGGGCCAAGCCCGGUGUCGAGCCCGGAGAAGUACACCAUACACCACAUCAUCCAGCAGCCCGUGUGGGUGUUUCCGUUGCACACUUCUCCAAAUCCAACCGCAUCCGCUCCUCCGUUUCUACCAUUCGACCUGGGGUCUUACAACACUGCCAAUAGGACCCAUCCCCUAACCAACUCACAGGGUCACAUCUCCGUUGAAGCAGCCAAUGUUGUUCAUUCCAUCUACCAAGGGGCUCUGGGAACCGACCAGUCAAUCUUCUCGCCAAAGGUUGCAAUUACAACCGCAACCACCAAUGACCCGCCAUACCUCACCGUCAGCGACCACUACAUGGACUUUGUCCGUUCCGGCCUGAUAUCUGUGUCUCACGGCAAGCUCAGUGGCCUUGCGGGCUCUGAAGCUACGGUAUCCCCAUCGAAGGAACGAAUCGAGGAUGUUGCUGCGGUGGUGUUUGCAACUGGCUUUGACGCAUCCUCCUCCCUCUCCCCCUCCGACCUGAACAACACAGUUGCGCUGGGAUUCCAUGGUACUUACCACCCCGAUGUCCCGAACCUUGGCUUCGUCGGCUUCUACCGGUCACCUUACUGGGGCGUCAUGGAGAUGCAAGCUCGCUUUCUCACGGCCCUAUGGGCGGCUGGCGGGCCAUCCUCGCCCUCUCUGCCCCCGCAAUUGAAGGAAGCCUUAAGCAAGGACACCUCGAUCGAGCGAACCCUCAACCUCCGGACUGAUCCGCGGGCAUCACAGUUCCCGAUGGGCGAUUACCCCUGGCUCAUGCAAGAGUUUGCUACCGCUCUCGGACUAGAACGAUCCCCGCCAUCGGGGAAGAUGCCCAGGCUGCCCCCAACCGACAAGGAGAUGGACAUCUUGACCCCAUCACGGUACCCAUCCGCGUCGCUAACCGGACCCCAACGGAGUGAAGUCACCAAGUCUCUGAAAGAGACCGAAGCGACCGCCUGGGCUGGGGUCGGGUCGACCAAGUUUGUCGCAAGGGCAGUCUUCCGCUCCCUCCUCGGCGAGUGGAAGCUUGAACGAGACCUGACCAGCAAGUUGCCCAGUCAUCCGAGCGGGCACUUCAGCGGAACCGCCAAGUUCCUCCUCAGGGAGGGCACAGGAGACGGCCGGGAGGCUCAGUUUGACGCCCUCUGCGCAGACGGUGAUCCGGGGCUGGAGUACCUCUACAUCGAGGAGGGCGACUUCAAAGCCUCCAACGGCUUGACCUUCCGCGCCACGAGGCGGUACGUAUGGCGCUACGACGAGGGGAAAGACAGGCUGAGCGUCUGGUUCGCAAAGACGGACGACCAGAAGCGGGCCGACUAUCUCUUCCAUGAGGUUGAGUUCGUUCCACCCAGGGAAAAUGGGGAGGGCGGGGGUAAUGACAAGGGCUGGGAGGCCAAGGCCGGCCACUUGUGCAUUGACGACUUUUACAACGUCAAGUACAAUUUCAACUUCAGUGCCGUCAACCUGUCAGACUGGCGGUUGUCGUAUACGGUCAAAGGUCCGAAGAAGGAUUACACCAUCGAUGGCGUCUACAGCCGAUAGCACAAAGACCUGUAACCCAUCACCUCUGAAUCCCCAUCUCACCAUGUCCAAGUCGUAUGCCUAGCUAUCAAAUCAUUUCCAUUAUUUUACCCAA